AUGGACUCCGAAUACCUCCGCCUGGCGGACACAAUUCGCCACCAGGCCAGCACCCACCCGAAGCCUCGCUACAUCGUAGCCAUCGCAGGCAUUCCCGGCUCGGGCAAAACGACAACGGCCGAAGCGGUGGUCAGCCAGCUGAAUGCAGACUCACGGGGGCGUGCUGCCCUUAUCUCGAUGGAUGGCUUUCAUCUGUCCCGGAGCGAACUCGACCAACUCCCCAACGCCGAAGAAGCGCACAUCCGCCGAGGUGCGCCGUGGACGUUUAAUGUAUCCCGAUUCGUGACAUUCAUGCAUAAGCUGCGCAACUGGGCAGAUAGCACACCUCUCGCCAAGGACGGCACCUGGGCUUCCAGUGAUAUUCUCCAAGCACCGACCUUCGACCACGAAGCCAAAGACCCCGUCGAGGACGGAAUCUCUAUUACCCCUGAUGCCUCGAUCAUCAUUGUCGAGGGCAAUUAUCUUCUCCUCAAUGAACCGGACUGGCGGGAUCUCGCCGCAUUGGCCGACUAUCGCGUUUUCGUCGAAACCGACCCGCAGGAGGCACGGGAGCGGACAGCGAAGAGGCAUGUGAAGGCAGGCAUCGAAAAGACCAUCGAGGACGGGUAUCGACGGGUGGACAGUAAUGACUAUUUGAAUGGGGUGUCGAUUCAGGAAAACUUAAUCAUCCCGGACCUUGUGCUCAAAAGCGUGUCUACAAAUGGCACAGUAUAG